AUGGCAUCACUCGCUGCUGCUCCCCCUAACACACAUGCUGGUGGAGACGACGAAGCUCUCAGAACACAUGGAACGCUCCCAAUGAACGAACCGCCAGUCUAUGCCGAUGAAAGGGUGAACAUGGAGGAAUACAAGAAUGCUGUACCAUGGUGGAAGAGGAUAUACCAAGACAGUUUCACACAGAUGAUGCUUCUGUCCAUGCAGAGUUUCUGUGGCCCAGCCAUGGCAGAUGCCAUCGCUGGUCUCGGUGGCGGUGGUCUUGCCUCGGCUAAGACAAACAAUAUUAGCAAUGCUAUAAACUACGUUAUGCUUGCACUGGUCUGCUUCCUGGGUGGACCUCUUGUGAACAAGCUCGGUGUCAAAUGGGCUCUGGUCAUCGGUGCCAUGUCGUUCCCAAUCCAAGGCUCAUCGUACUACUGCAACAGCAAGUUUGGCAACCAAUGGUACAUCAUCUUUGGUGGCUUCAUCUCUGGCAUCGGCACAGGGGCGUGGUACGUUGCUGAAUCGGGAACUAUCAUGUCGCUCGCGCCUUCAGGAGCUCGUGGAAAGUACCUGGCAUUCUGGAUUGUGGCCCGCAACCUCGGCCAAUUAGUCGGAGGUGCCAUCAACUUGUCCAAGAACCACCUGAAGGGUGCUGAAGCUGGUGUGACUCCUGAUACAUACGUCGCUUUCUUAAUCAUCGAAUGUCUUGCACUUCCAUUCGCCCUCAUGAUCUCUCCUCUCGAACGUGUCGUCCGAUCAGACGGUACUCGUAUCUUGGUCUCUGAGAAGGUUGGAACUAAGCAGGAGUUCAAGCUCAUCAAGACUACUAUAACUUCUAGCUUGAUCGUCUUGUCCGCAUUCUGGGCUAUUUGGUCGUUCUUCUACUCGGGUACAUGGAGCACUUACCUUGGAAUCUACUUCUCCGUCCGCGCCCGUGCCUUGUCCUCCUUGAUUUCACCAUUCUUCUGCAUUGUCGGAUGUUUUGGUCUUGGCUUCAUUCUCGACAUGAAGAGCCUUAGUCAACGCCAAAGAGCGCGUGUCGGUCUCUUCGUAGUCGUCAUUCUUAACCUUGGCGUCUACAUCUGGUCUAUCAUCAUGCAAGUCAAGUUCAACGCCCACGACCCUGGCAGAAUUGACUGGGACGAUUCACUAUACCCCUCAGCCUUCUUGCCUUAUUUCUUCGUCCAGACUACUGGCCCUCUCUCACAGUCAUACAUGUACUGGCUGAUUUCGUCUUUCGCGACUGAUGCCCAGGCAAACGUUCGUAACGGAGCUGCCUUUAGAUGUCUUGAAGCUGUGGGACAGGCUAUCAGCUACGGCAUGAACACACAGACUGAAGCUAGCCCUCUUAUCGGCUUCUGUGUCAGCUUUGGCCUUAUGGCAUUGGCGACUGCUCCAAUGAUCUUGUUGACCAACAAGACUCCUGAUCGCAUUCCUGCAGAUGUUAUUCUUGAGGGACAAGAAGCACUUGAUGCAAAGAUUGCUGGGGAGCCCGAAGUCGUGACUGGCAAGAUGGACCAGAAGUAG